GAGGUUGCACCGUUCGUUGAUGGAUUAGAGCUGCGGUAUAUGACUCGCGCUUUUGUUUACAUUUCUUUAUCAUUUGUAAGUCAAACUCAGUCAAAUGGACCCCCAAAAACAUCUGUUCAACCUGUGUGAAUAUGCGAUAGCAUUCAUGUGACCUGUGGAAACAGAGGUUUUGCCAGUCACUACAUUGGUGGAAGUUUGGAGAGAAAACAUGUUCACCGCUACCCAAAUCUCCAAAUCCCAGUUCCUGGAUAAAGCCAGGAUGGCAAGGGAGGAGAGAAAGGGCCAUAAGGAGAAAGAGAGAGCCGCCACUCAAAUCCAGGCUUUAGUCAGAAGAUUCCUCUGUCGUUCCAAGCUGCAAAAGGAAAUACGGCAAGAGGUCGAUGAAUUCUUUGCAGUCAGUGAUGCCGGUUCAGCUAAAAGAAAUGCAUUAUCUGUCUUCAAGAUUGCAAGAAAGUUGUUAUUCAUAUUGGAAAAGGAAGAUAAGUUGAGAUUUGAGAAGCUGUGUCGAAUCAUACUAAGUAGCAUGGAAGUUGACAAUGAACCGAAAGUGUGGUAUGUAUCGUUGGCCCUUUCAAAAGACCUCACAAUCCCCUGGCUCAAACAGAUCAAAGACGUGCUCUGGGUCUCUUGCGAAUAUUUGAAGAAGCUGAAGCCGGACAUACUGCAAGAUAAUAAAUUAGUGACUCUGUAUCUGACAAUGCUGAUAACCUUUACAGACACAUCCACAUGGAAAAUCGUUCGAGGGAAAGGUGAAGCCCUCAAGCCUGCUUUAAACAGGAUUUGUGAGAACAUCAUGGGAUAUCUCAAUCAGAAGGGCUUUUACUCUGUGCUUCAGAUUCUCCUUACCAACGGUCUGGCAAGGUCUAGACCCUCCCUCUCCAAAGGAACCCUCACGGCCGUUUUUACUUUGUCACUCAGGCCUGUUAUCGCUGCACAUUUUUCCGACAACCUGCUGAGGUCUUUCCUUCUCCACGUCAUGUCCGUUCCAGCAUUCAUCUCGCACCUUAACACGCUCACUCCAGAUUGUAUGAUCACCACCCAGACUCACGACCUCUUUCGCAAGUUUGUCUUAUUUUUGAGCCGAGAGGAGCAGUGUUUGGACAUCUGUGUCUGUCUGGAGGGAAGCCACACUCUCUGCUUACUUGGUAAUCUUAUUCAGCUGGGAUAUUUUAAUGUAAAAGUCCUGGAGCAGGAAGCAAGUCACUUUGUCAAGGAUCUGACAGAUAUGUUGUCAUACUGUCAGAGAUACGUCUCUCAGAAGAAAUCCAACCUCACACACUGGCACCCAGUUUUGGGCUGGUUUUCCCAGACUGUUGACUAUGGGCUUAAUGAGUCUAUGCCGCUGGUAACUAAGCAGUUACAGUGUUUAUGGGGGGUGCCCGUGAUCUGCACACUCUUCUGUGAUGUUUUAAGCAAAAAGCUGGAGACUCAGGAACCGACCCCAUCACCCCUUUCUCAGCCAACUACACUACAGAAUAACCUGCCUGUUAAAAAUCUGUUCAAGCGAGCGUUCCAGAAGUCAGCAUCUGUGAGGAACAUACUAAAACCAGUCGGAGGGAAACGGGUCGACUCGGCUGAGGUCCAGAAGGUGUGCAGUAUAUGUGUGCUGUAUCAGACGGCGCUCACCACACUUACGCAGAUCCGCCUGCAGAUUCUCACAGGAUUGACAUAUUUGGAUGAGCUGCUGCCCAAGCUGUGGGCAUUCAUUUGUGAACUCGGACCCCAGGGCGGUCUCAGACUGUUUUUGGAGUGUCUCAGUAAUGACACAGAGGAAUCUAAACAGCUCCUGGCCAUGCUGAUGCUCUUCUGUGAUUGCUCCAGACAUCUCAUUACGAUACUGGAUGACAUAGAGGUGUAUGAGGAACAGAUUUCUUUUAAAAUGGAGGAGCUUGUCACCAUCUCCUCGUUCCUCAACACAUUUGUGUACAAGAUGGUCUGGGAUGGUAUUUUAGAGAAUGCCAAAGGUGAGAAGUUGGAUUUGUUUCACAGUGUUCAUGGUUGGUUGAUGGUUCUGUAUGAGCGAGACUGCCGCAGGAGAUUCACACCUGAAGAUCACUGGCUUCGCAAAGACCUGAAGCCCAGUCUUUUAUUUCAAGAGUUGGAGAAGGGAAAAAAGAGAGCACAGCUGCUACUUCAGUACAUUCCUCAUGUCAUCCCUCAUAAAAAUAGGGUGCUGCUGUUUCGGAACAUUGUGACAAAGGAGAAAGAGGGUUUAGGAUUGGUAGAGACAAGCUCUGCCUCUCCUCAUGUUACUCACAUAACUAUUCGUCGUUCACGCAUGCUGGAGGACGGUUAUGAUCAACUGCGCCGCCUGCCUGUAAACUCCAUCAAGGGAGUGAUCAGAGUGAAAUUUGUAAAUGAUUUAGGAGUGGACGAGGCUGGAAUUGACCAGGAUGGCGUAUUUAAAGAGUUUUUAGAGGAGAUCAUCAAGAAGGUUUUUAACCCGGCACUCAACCUAUUUAAGACCACCAGUGGGAAUGAGAGAUUAUACCCCUCUCCAACCUCCAGCAUCCAUGAGAAUCACCUUCAGCUGUUCGAAUUUGUGGGAAAGAUGCUGGGAAAGGCCAUGUACGAGGGCAUCGUGGUGGACGUGCCGUUCGCCUCCUUUUUUCUAAGUCAGGUUCUGGGUCACCAUCACAGCACCUUCUACAGCUCCAUAGAUGAGCUGCCCUCCCUCGACUCAGAGUUUUACAAGAACCUCACUUCCAUAAAGCGUUAUGAUGGAGACGUCAGUGACCUGGGUCUGACUUUAUCUUACGAUGAAGAAGUGAUGGGCCAGUUAGUCUGUCAUGAGCUCAUUCCUGGGGGAAAGACCAUGCCUGUCACUAAUGAAAACAAGAUCAGCUACAUCCACCUGAUGGCUCACUUUCGCAUGCACACCCAAAUCAAAGACCAGACCGCCGCCUUCAUCAGAGGCUUUCGAAGCAUCAUCAACCCCGAGUGGCUGCACAUGUUUUCCACCCCUGAGGUUCAGAGACUCAUCUCUGGAGACAAUGCUGAGAUAGACCUGGAUGAUCUCAAAAAACACACUGUUUACUAUGGAGGUUUCCAUAGCAGUCACCGGGUUAUUCUUUGGCUUUGGGACAUCCUCUCCAGUGAUUUCACCCCCGAGGAGAGAGCCAUGUUCCUGAAGUUUGUCACCAGCUGUUCAAGACCUCCUCUGCUUGGAUUUGCCUACCUCAAACCCCCCUUCUCCAUCCGUUGUGUGGAAGUGUCAGAUGACCAGGACACGGGCGAUACUUUAGGCAGCGUCCUGCGUGGCUUCUUCACCAUUCGAAAGAAGGAGCCAGGCGGGCGUCUCCCGACUUCAUCCACUUGCUUCAACCUUCUCAAGCUCCCCAACUACAGCAAGAAGAGCAUUCUCAGAGAUAAACUCCGCUACGCGAUCAGCAUGAACACAGGCUUUGAGCUAUCAUAACCCAUGAUGCACUCUUUUGUGCUGGUUUAUCACACGCACGCACAGACAGACAGACGUGCAAACACAUACGUGUGAAGGACUGGCAGUAACCUAACUGUAAAGGUGCCCACACAUUGGUUGAAGGUUCAGGUAGGAGUCGCAAGAACUGUGUAUUGACUAACACUGCAAUCCUACAUCUACAUUGUGACCUUCAAUAAAGGCACUUUAUCUAAAAUUGCUCAAGAGGAACCUUAGCAUCAAUAAGUGUGCUCUGUCUUGUCUACUAAAUGGCAAUGAAGUAACUACCUAGCUAAUAUAGUGAAACAGAGCGGAUUGUAUCCAUUCACAGACUAACACUUGUUGAGGUGCUUGACCGCAGACAACCUAUGAUAGAGAACUGACAUUAGGUGGAGUCAAAUUUUAGUCCAUAGAGGGGAUUUGGAACCAUGUGAAGAUGUAUUUAAGUCAAGCUUCUUUUGAACCCUUAUCGCCAAGAAACCUGUCAAGCGGAGGCUGAGAAACCCAAUGUGAAUCUACGUUAAAAUAGUUUUUUAUUGGCACUGUGUCCUUUCGUUGAGGAACACUCCAAAACCAUCUCUUGAUGCUAAAGUGGAGUCAACAGUGGAUGUACGUAACAGUAGAUGUAGUUGUAGGAUCUGCAGAAACAUGUUCAGCACCAUUUCUCAGGUCUGCAUGUCUCACUCCCCAGGAAAGCAAUACUAAUGCAACACAAGCCAUGCAACUCGAGACACAAAUGAGACUUUGCCUGUUAGUAUGGCAGAUGCUUUCAAUCCCAAAUUGCAUAUUGUUAAACUUCUGCCGAUGAGAUGCUUGAGGUCAGAAACCCAGCAUCAUUCAUUGGCUGAGUCAGGCGUAUGAUGGAUAAAAGAUGUCCAGCAAGAAUACACAUCUUCUUUAAUGCUUUCUCAUCACCUUGACCUGGUCAGACUGUUACAUUGCUACAAGAACAACCACUGCUAAACCGAUGUUGCGGUGAAAUUUCUUUUUGCUCAUUUGACGUGAUUGUAAUUCUUUUAAAUUCAGUGUUCGGUUCAGGAAGGAAAGCGGAGCAAUUUUAAUUUCGUCCCCUACAUUGACUUCAUGACACUAAUGCAGGCACUGAAAUCAUAUAUCCGUUACUUUAAAUUCAUUUAAACUUGAAGUAUUGAACAGGCUACGGACUAAACCAAUGCAUGGAAAUGAUAAUUUACGAUCAUCACAUGAACUCCCUCUCAUCUCCUGGUAACUUUAUGGCCAUCGUGUGUGGGAUUAAGCCAUACUAAGAAGAUGACUAGGUCACAAACCGGCUAUCAUAAAGAUAUUUGCUUUAAGGGAGAGUAUUGUGAUGACUGCCCUGCAAGUUUCAUUAUAGUGUACUUUGCAUGAUGUCACUGGAUGAUGUAACCUGUGUUACGGUUGUGGAUUUAGAGAUUGCUAUUGUCACUCAAUUUAAGGCAUUCUUUAGUCUUUCUUAAAGGUAUAGUUCACCCAAAAACAAACAUUUUUGUCACACAAUCAUCAUGUCGUGUGAACCCCAAGUGUUUUUCAGAAUCCAAGUGCAGAUUUUAAAAAAGUGUUGCCUCUCUUUUCAGUGCACGUGUCUGUAUCUGAACUGUUGUUUAGGCAGUUUGUUUUCUUUUAAAUAAUGUAUAACAACUGAAAUUACAUUGAUAUAUACAACAAGAAAGUAGAGGAGUAAAUGUUUUCAGGACAUAAAUAUAUGACACGCCGGGUGGAGUUAUUUAUCUACUUAGGGUGAUCAUACGUGCCAUUCUUUCGGGACGCGUCCUGGCCAGGAUUUCGUGCGUCUUCCGGAAGUUGUAUUUGUUGGCCGCAUACGCCAUUCAGUUAAAAACACAAUUGUAGUUUCAUUCUUUCCUUAAUAUGUAACGGUUGCUUUUCUGUAAUAAUAAUAAUAUUCCUCUAUGACGUAUGCGGUCGACAAAUAAGACUUAGACGGAAAACUAACCCGAAAUCCUGGCCAGGGAAUAAUGGCACGUAUGGUCACCCUAAUUUACUACCUUUGAGUCAUUUUAAAGAUUUUUCUGGUUACUAUGGGUGUGGAUUGUGACUGAGGUGGUCACCAUCCACUUUCAUGAUAACCAAAAAACACUUAAUAAAAACUCUGUUUGGUUUCUCAAGAACGCCGACAGACAUUCAGGGUUUAAAUGACAUGAGGGGUGAGAAAAUGAUGAUAGUUUUCAUUUUAAGCUGAACUAUACCUUUAAGGCAUUUUUCACUUUUUUAUUAUUUUUAUAGCUCCAAGUCAAAUUUCAACCUGAAAUCAAUAGGAAUAAUAUAUUUUGAAUAAAAAAAGUUUAUUUCCCAAAAUAUUUAGAUAAUACAAUUUUAAUAUAUAAUGUUAGUAUAUGCUUUAAUUAAUGCAGAUUGCAAAAAUAUACAGCAAUUGGGGUUAAAAUUAGGAUGAUUUUUAUUAUGUUAUUUUAAAGCAACACUAUGUAGUUUUUUUUACCUUAAAAUAAUGUCUCUAAAAUUAUUUCAGUGAUAGAACAACUUUUAACCGGACAAAUUGUACUGUUGCUGCAACCUGAGCAGCCUCCUAGCUGCUACAAGCACACUCUGAAAGUGGCGGUGGAGGGUAGAGCACACAGCCCCGCCCCUCUCCCUGCCUGCAGAAGAGUGUCUGAUACCAGGCACUGUUGCACUUUUCAACCACAUGGGGGAGCUGUAAGUCAUUUUUACAUGGAAACUACAUAGUGUUGCUUUAACAAGUGAAAUGUCCUGACAUUUUACAAUCCCUCCUUGAAUUUCGGAAUGAAUUUGACUUUUUUGACAUUUCUUAGAGAUAUUAAAUCAUCAUGCAUUCAUUUAACCAAGGCCAAGUAAACAGCAGUAGAUUACUCCAAAAUGUUUCUUGUAUGCAAACCCUCUACCUUGUGUAUUCAGUAUAUGCAAUAUAAUGCUCCAAAAAACAUUUUCUGUCCUCAUCUCUUUAACUGUCUUCACCUUUGUUUGUUUAAAAUAAGGUGUAAAAGUAUUCUUUGAUGCGUAUACAUUGUAGAAGGAAGUUGAAAGAACUGUGGCUUAAUGCUCAUGUUACAUUUUUGUACGCAUCUUUCUUCAUGUUAAAUGAUAAAUGUAUUGUCUUUCAAAGCACAAGGGCUUGGACUGUGUCCCACAGCAGAGUUUUGUAUUUAAAUGAACUGAUAUUCGCACGCUCUCGAAAGAUGCUGAAACACUCUCUCUGUUUGUGAAUGAGGAAGACAUUGGGCUGGAAAUGCAAAAACAUUCACAUUAAUCUUUAAAGAGUCUAUUUAACUCCUGAUGUGAUGUCAUAGCUGAAUUUCAUGAUGUCACAGGAUCUUGUUCUCUUUCUCUCUUCAUGUGAUGAUCCUUGGAGGAGGUGGCAACAACCUUUAAAGUAUCCAAUCAUCUCUCUUUCUUUGCCUGAUGAAGAAGUGUCUUUUGAAUUUGGUUGCACUACGUGAACUGCAGGUUGUUAUAUACGCAGUAUAUUACAAAAGCAAUGUCAUUGUAAAGUUAUUCUUGUGUACAGUAAUAUUUCCCCUGUAAAAUGUAAUUGUCGAUCAAAUAUGUAAACAUUUAAAUAUCCAAAUCUAAAAAAAAUACUAAACAAC